UUUUUAAGGCAACCUUUGUGUUAUACUGUUAUUAUAGCCUCAUAACUACUUAACCUUGACUGCAUAAUUCUUCAUUAUUUUGAAUCAAAAUGGACUUUGCUUCACUUCCUUCUUUUUACUUUAGUGCACCAACAAGCCCCACUAGUUGCAACUUACAAACCCCAAAGUUUUACAGCACUUGGUCUAGCCCAUUUCAACCAUUUGGGUCGGGCUCGGGUGCAGAGAAGAGUAAAGUUGAUGAGUUUCAGUUUGAGACUGGUCGGGGAUUCGAUGAUCAAUGGGACCAGGAGGAUCAAGAGUACAAGCUACCAGCUCGAGCAAAUUCAUUUUCGACCAUAGCGUUCGCAGAUGAACUCUUUUGUAAUGGUCAAGUUAUGCCACUGAAACUCCCUCCAAGGCUUCAGACCUCGGUCCCUACGUCACCUAGGUCGUUUAGCUCACGGGUUAGGAACCCGUUUGGACAAAGGUGCACAUGGAAUGAUGGUUUUGACCCUUUCUUGAUUGCUUUAGAAAAAGUCAGUGAAGAACCAGAAGGAAGGGUGAGUGUCCAUAGAAGGUCGCGUUCAUAUUCGCCAUUUAGAGCUCGUAGCAUUUCGUGCAGAGUUGCAUGUGCCGGAGAAUGGGACCAUGGUCAAGAAAAGGAACCAAGAACAGUCGAGAUGCUGGAACGCAAAGGCUCCAUGUAUUCAAGAUGGGUUAGGAGUCAAACCAUGGUCAAGAAAAACACAGAGUUGAGUAUGCAACAUAGCCCAACAGCCCGAACCAUGAUGAAAAGGCUUUUGUUAGGCCAGAACAAGCCCGUCAAGCCCACAAAGCAAAGUGAUAAAGAAUCAAAGUUGCAGAAAGUAAAGUCAGUGUUAUUUCGGUAUGCAGAAUCUCUAAAGAAGGAAACCAGUGAAAGUAAGCAGUCAAGAGAAAAAAUAACAAUAUCGAAAAUGAGUCACUUUAAGCGGUUAAGCCUCUCAUUGAAGACAAACCGAAGGAAGAAAGAAUCAGUAGAAACCAAAAUGGCUAUUGUAAAACAAGAUAUGAAAGUGCCUCGAUGUUUAGGUUAUCCUUCGAUUAGUCCACGAUGGCUAUAGUCUACUUGUAUUCCUAGCAAAGAAAUUCUUUCUGGCA